GCUGGAAAGCGGCGGAUCCGGUUUGUCCUGGGUGCAUCAGAAACCCGGGUUAGUGGAGGGAAUGCGGGGAGUCGGAUAGGUUGCGGUGGCUGCAGCAGCAUGGUGGGUGCGGAGAAGGAGCAGAGCUGGAUCCCCAAGAUCUUCAAGAAGAAGACGUGCACGACUUUCAUCGUUGACCCCGCAGAUCCGGGAGGGACCUUGUGCCAAUGUGGGCAUCCUCGGCGUGCCCACCCGUCAGUGGCCGUGGAGGAUGCGUUCGGGGCAGCCGUGGUGACCGUGUGGGACAGUAACUUACACACCACGGAGAAGCCCACAGAUGCCUUCGGGGACCUGGACUUCCUGGGAGCCGGCCUCAAGGCCAGCAAUUUCCUCCGGCUCUCUGACCGCACGGAUCCAGCUACAGUUUAUAAUCUGGUCACGCGCACAUGGGGCUUCCGGGCCCCGAACCUGGUGGUGUCAGUGCUGGGGGGGUCGGGGGGCCCCAUCCUCCAGACCUGGCUGCAGGACCUGCUGCGACGCGGUCUGGUGCGCGCUGCCCAGAGCACAGGGGCCUGGAUUGUCACUGGAGGGCUGCACCAGGGCAUUGGUCGGCAUGUUGGUGUGGCUGUGCGGGACCACCAGACGGCCAGCACUGGGGGCAGCAAGGUGGUGGCCAUGGGCGUGGCUCCCUGGGGUGUGGUUCGGAAUAGAGAGACACUCAUCAACCCCAAGGGCUCCUUCCCUGCGAGGUACCGGUGGCGCGGCGACCCCGAGGAUGGGGUGCAGUUUCCUCUCGACUACAACUACUCGGCCUUCUUCCUGGUGGACGACGGCACGCACGGCCGGCUGGGCGGAGAGAACCGCUUCCGCUUGGGCUUCGAGUCCUACGUCGCCCAGCAAAAGACGGGCGUGGGAGGGACUGGCAUUGACAUCCCUGUCCUCCUUCUCCUGAUUGAUGGUGAUGAGAAGAUGUUGCAGAGGAUAGAGGACGCCACUCAGGCUCAGCUCCCCUGCCUCCUGGUGGCCGGGUCAGGGGGAGCUGCAGACUGCCUGGCAGAGAUCCUGGAAGACACACUGGCUCCAGGAAGUGGAGGGGGCAGGCGACAUGAAGCCCAAGAUCGGAUUAAGCGUUUCUUCCCCAGAGGGGACCCUGAGGUCCUGCAGGCCCGGGUGGAGAGGAUCAUGACUCGGAAGGAGCUGCUGACAGUCUAUUCAACUGAAGACGGCCCUGAGGAAUUUGAAACCAUCGUUUUGAAGGCCCUUGUCAAGGCCUGUGGGAGCUCUGAAGCCUCAGCUUACCUGGACGAGUUGCGUUUGGCUGUGGCUUGGAACCGUGUGGACAUUGCCCAGAGUGAACUCUUCCGGGGGGACAUCCAGUGGCGGUCCUUCCAUCUGGAGGCCUCCCUUAUGGACGCGCUCCUGAAUGACCGGCCGGAGUUCGUUCGCUUGCUCAUCUCCCAUGGCCUCAGCUUGGGCCACUUCCUGACCCGGACGCGCCUGACCCAGCUCUACAACGCAGCACCCCCCAACUCGCUUAUUCGCAGCCUUCUGGACCAGGUGUCCCACAGCGCAGGCACCAAAACCCCAGCCCUUAAAUCCUCUGAGGAAUCACCACCCCCUGAGGUGGGGCAGGUGCUGCGGAUGUUGCUGGGGAAGACGUGCGCGCCGACGUUCCCCGCCGGGGGCACCCCCCCGGGCGAAGGCAACAGGGAGGAUUCCUAUCUGCUGCCUGACAAACCUGCCUCAGAACUCUUGCUGGAAGGAAUCCCCGGGCAGGCCCCCUGGAGUGACCUGCUCCUCUGGGCACUGCUCCUGAACAGGGCUCAGAUGGCCGUGUACUUCUGGGAGAUGGGUUCCAAUUCCGUGGCCUCAGCUCUUGGGGCCUGUUUGUUGCUCCGAGUGCUGGCGCGCCUGGAGACUGAGGCUGAGGAGGUAGCACGGAGGAAGGAUCUGGCUGCCAAGUUUGAGGGGCUGGGUGUUGACCUCUUUGGACAGUGCUACCGCAGCAGUGAGGACCGGGCCGCUCGCCUGCUCCUUCGACGCUGCCCGCUCUGGGGCGAUUCCACCUGCCUCCAGCUUGCCACGCAGGCUGAUGCCCGUGCCUUCUUUGCCCAGGACGGAGUACAGUCUCUGCUGACACAGAAGUGGUGGGGGGAGAUGGACAGCACCACCCCCAUUUGGGCCCUGGUUCUCGCCUUCUUUUGCCCCCCACUCAUCUACACCAACCUCAUCACCUUCAGGAAGUCAGAUGAGGAGCCCACGCAGAAGGACCUGGCAUUUGACAUGGAUAAAGGCAUCAACGGGGAAGGGCCUGUCGAGCCAGCAGACCCCCCUGAGAAGAUGCCCUUAGGGAUGCUGAGGCCGCCACGCCACAGGGGCUGCUGUGGGGGGUGCCCCCCGCGCCUGCGCCGCUGGCCCCAGUUCUGGGGGGCGCCAGUGACAGCCUUCAUGGGCAACGUGGUCACCUACCUCCUCUUCCUGCUGCUCUUCGCCCACGUGCUGCUCAUUGACUUCAAGCCCGAGCUGCCCGGCACCCCGGAGCUGCUGCUCUACUUCUGGGCCUUCACCCUGCUCUGCGAGGAGUUCCGCCAGGGCCUGGGGGGCGGCCUGGGCAGCCUAGCUGGGGGGGGCCCCGGGGCCGACUCCCACCAGGCCUCCCUGAGCCGCCGGCUGCACCUCUACCUCUCCGACACCUGGAACCAGUGCGACCUGGUGGCCCUCACCUGCUUCCUCCUGGGCGUGGGCUGCCGGCUGUCCCCAGGCCUGUAUGACCUUGGCCGCACUGUCCUCUGCCUCGACUUCAUGAUCUUCACGCUGAGGCUGCUGCAUCUCUUCACAGUCAACAAACAGCUGGGGCCCAAGAUCGUCAUCGUGAACAAGAUGAUGAAGGAUGUGUUCUUCUUCCUCUUCUUCCUCUGCGUGUGGCUCGUUGCCUACGGGGUGGCUACGGAGGGGCUCCUCAGGCCCCGUGACCGUAGCCUCCCGGGCAUCCUGCGCCGCGUCUUCUAUCGGCCCUACCUGCAGAUCUUUGGGCAGAUCCCCCAGGAGGACAUGGACGUGGCCCUCAUGGAUCACGGCAACUGUUCGUCGGAGCAGGGCUUAUGGGGGCUCCCCCCAGGGCGCCAGGCAGGCACCUGCGUCUCGCUUUAUGCUAACUGGCUGGUGGUGCUUCUCCUUGUCAUCUUCCUGCUUGUGGCCAACAUCCUGCUGCUCAAUUUGCUCAUUGCAAUGUUCAGCCAUACCUUCGGCAAAGUACAAGGCAACAGCGACCUCUACUGGAAGGCGCAGCGCUACAGCCUCAUCCGGGAAUUUCACUCUCGGCCCGCACUGGCCCCGCCCCUUAUUGUCAUCUCGCACGUGCACUCCCUCAUCCGUCGAUUGCGCAGGCGCCGGGCCCGCUUGCCACCUUCCCCAGUCUUCGAGCAUUUUCGGGUCCACCUCUCAAAGGAAGCAGAGCGGAGGCUGUUGACGUGGGAGUCAGUGCAAAAGGAGAAUUUCCUUCUGGCGCGUGCUCGGGAACAGCGGGAGAGCGACUCAGAACGUCUGAAGCGCACAUCGCAGAAGGUGGACACAGCACUGAAGCAGCUGAGACAGAUCCGCGAGUAUGAGCAGCGUCUGAAAGGGCUGGAACAGGAGGUCCAGCACUGUAACCGAGUCCUAGGCUGGGUAGCUGAGGCCUUGAGCCGCUCUGCGUUGCUUCCCCCAGGGGGUCCGCCGCCCCCAACCCCGCCUGGGCCCAAAGAUUGAGUCCUGCUGGUGGACUUCAAUGAAGAGCCGCCAUAGGGAGUUUUUCUCCCAGAGUAAGGCCUAGCAGAUCCUUGGCCCCUCGCACCUGGCCACCUUGUCCAUGAGGUGAACCUGGGCCGCUGUCAGGACCACUGCAGGCCUGGCUUCUUCCAGAACCAGCUCCACUCGGGGAGAAUCAGCCUCUGGAGCCCAAGUAUUGCCCCUCUGAAGGCUGUACCACAGCCUGCUGGGCUGGAGAAGGCUGCAGGGUCUUUGGGGUACAGGGACCAAAGGGCCCGCUCACAGCUCCCCACACUGGGGAAAUAAAGCCAUUUGAGAGGA